GACAUUUCUGCGUUUUGCAGUGACAAGUGAAAUCGGUGAAACCUUUUUUGAUAAAUAUUCAAGAAAUCCUUUAAAAUGUCCUUUUUUGGUGUAGGAAAUCCGUUUUCUACGCCGGUAGGCCAGAAGAUAGAACAAGCUACCGAUGGCUCUCUUCCAUCAGAAAACUGGGCUCUUAAUAUGGAAAUAUGUGACAUCAUAAACAGUACCGCAGACGGGCCUAAGGAUGCUAUAAAGGCUAUUCGUAAAAGACUGACGCAGAGUGCGGGCAAGAACUACACAGUGGUGAUGUACACCCUAACGGUUCUGGAGACUUGCGUGAAGAAUUGUGGCAAAUCCUUCCAUGUGUUGGUGUGCAAUAAGGAGUUUAUCUCAGAAUUGGUAAAACUGAUCGGCCCUAAGAAUGAUCCGCCGACCGUGGUCCAAGAAAAAGUUCUGAGUCUCAUCCAAUGCUGGGCUGAUGCUUUCUCGAGCCAACCCGAACUGCAGGGCGUCGGGCAAGUGUACAAUGAGCUACGUACAAAAGGAGUAGAGUUCCCUAUGACCGAUCUGGACGCCAUGGCCCCUAUAUUCACACCACAGAGGAGCGUGCCGGACGGAGACGCUCCGGUGGGCUCGCCGGCGCGCGGUCCACCACAACUGUCUCCUAACCACGUGCCCACCGAACUCCCACCUAGCACUGUGUCACUCUCAGACAGCCAAAUGGCCAAGCUUCGCGGAGACCUGGCCGUCGUAGAAGGCAACAUGGCGGUCAUGUCCGACAUGUUGAACGAGCUGACCGCACAACCACCCGCCGCCACACACCAGAGCGACAUUGAUUUGCUUAAUGAACUAGCAGACACACUUCGCGCGAUGCAAACCCGCGUCGCUGAACUAGUCGCGCGACUCGGCGAGUCACCCCUUACUGGUGCCCUUCUGCACGCCAACGACCAGCUCAACAAUCUACUGUUACGCCACGCUCGCCUCCUCAACAACAGAAAUGCAGCCACCGGCGGUGCUACUCCUUCCGCCAUCCUGGGGGCGGCUAUGGGCGUGCCUUCUGCUGAUACCCCAAAGAAAAACGAUGAUGAUGCGCUUAUCGACCUGAGUGAUGAUGUACCUGAUAUUACCAAGCUAACCGUAAAAGACGCGCAACCUGAUAAGUCUCCCGCCAGUUCGAAGGACGAAUUCGACAUGUUCGCACAAUCCCGGAACGUGAGCUACGACAACAACAAAACCGGAAGCAGUUACGCCGCGAACCUGGAGGAACAGACGUCGGGUGGACUCGCCUCCGCCGCCAACCAGCGCGCCACACAAGGACAACCCGCGCCCACUGAAAUGGACCAAAGAGAGAUUGACGAAAUCGCUGCUUGGCUCGCCCAAGAAAAGGCGGCAUCAGAAGCCAACGGCACCACCGAGAGCGUGACCAGCAGCGACUUCGACAAGUUCCUCGCGUCCCGCGCCGCCGCCGCCGACGCCCUCCCCCCCGCCACCACUACUACCACCAACCCCCCCUCUACCACUACCACCCCUCGCCACCGCCAGAUCAACAAGGACGACCAGGACUCCAUGUUCGCGCUCUGAUGCCCUGAGGUGCGAUAGGUGACAGGGCUGAACAUGGUACGGGGGCUUCAAACAUGGAAAAAAUAUGUCACCAUGGAAACUGCACUGGUAUGUUAUGAAGCUUAAAAGUAGGCAAUAUUAUCGCCUGAAAAUAGCACUCGUAUGCAUAAUGAUGUUUGAUAUCUCGCCCCAAAAAUUGUACCAUGUGAAUUGGCCUUAAGUUACAGCGGUUGUUUAUAAGAUGGUAAGUUUUAAGUGCGGUCACCGAGCAAGGAGAAUAUAGUACGUUGACCCGUCGCUACAGUGUUACUAAAGCUGCCAAAACAAUGAGGGAAUUAAAAAAAACUAUUUAUAUGCGCUUGUCAACUGGUAGGUUCCUUUCAUGAACUGUUUUUUUUUUAACCUAUAUGAUAUGUAUUUUAAAGUGCGACGUUUGAGCAAUACUGCUUUUUGACCGGAAUUUCAAUUCAUCAAUUUAUGGUUUUGUGACGACCUUUAACCGUUAAAUGUACAGUCGCCAUCAGAAAUAUCGGAGCGGCCAAGGUGUUCAUAAAUAUCUGAACACCCCAGCAAACAUUUUAAGUAUUUUUUCCUAGGCUCGAAGAAGAUUUUACCAAUUUAAGUGAAAAUUACGUCCUAAGUCACCAAUUAUUUUACGUAUUGUACACUUUUACUUCCAAGUCAAAAUAUAGGAAUAAUAAAACGUAAAUUUCACUUCAUAAAUACACCAUGAAGUCAGGGACUUAGGGGUUGAAAAUAAGGCGAAAUAUUAGGUAAAAUUAACCUUAAACCCUGACCAAUAGGUCAAAUCUACUAAUAAGGUAUUUUAGGUGUAUUUGCGACGUAAUUAUUACUUAUACGGGGACUAUGAAGUCACGGACUUAAUGGUUGAAAAUAAGUCGAAUUACUAGGUAAAAUUAACUUCGUAGCCUGACCAAUAGGUCAAAUAUACUAAUAAAACCUUUUAGUUGUAUAUGCGACGUAAUUAUUUCUUAUACGGAGACCAUGAAGUCAGGGACAUAAUGGUUGAGAAUCUGUCGAAAUAUUAGGUAAAAUUAACUUCGAACCCUGACCAAUAGGUCAAAUGUACUAAUAAGGCAUUUUAGGUGUAUAUGUGACGUAAUUAUUUCUUAUACGGGGACCAUGAAGUCAGGGACUUAAUGGUUGAAAAUAAAUCGAAAUAUUAGGUAAAAUUAACUGCAAAGUCUGACCAAUAGGUCAAAUGUACUAAUAAGACAUUUUAGGUGUAUUUGCGACGUAAUUAUUUCUUAUACAGAGACCUUUAGGUCGUCGAUUUUAUGUCGAUUUAGCUACUAAUUUUAGGUAAAUGUUAUCGAUAUUAAACUUUCGUGAGACAUAUUUUAAAUUGUUUAUACGACAACGGUUUCACUCACUCAGCGCGAUCAGUGCACGAGUUGCAGCCG